AUGAUCUCACUGUUACAUGCAGCUUCCGGUAGUAGUUGUUGCCAACAUCCGCCAGGUGACAUCAGUGAAGACAACUGCCGUCACGUGAUCGUGUCAAAAACAGAGCAACCAACAUCUGCAGGACUUCAAAUUGCCCUCAUCAUUCCACCUCAAUCCUGCAGCGUCAACAUCACGGAACAUGCACCGAGUAAUAACAUCAUAGUUAUAAAAAGUGAUUCGGAAAAGAAGAUAUUUGGAAGGAUUUCAGAGAUCAACGGUGUCACGGUUCACCUGGCCGGUGCUGAGUUUUCCUAUAUGCGGCUCAAAAAGGGUUUGUGUCCAGGACAAUGCAUAUUCAGCAAAGGAACCACCAAUGAAAGUGUAACAGUUGAGAUUGUGUACGUCAACAACAAUCCUGGCAUUACGUUUGAGUUUUACGAACCAAAAGAGAACACGUCUUCUAGCCAUCACAAUCAAACGCAACCGGGUGUAUAUGACACACCACAAAAUCAACAGCCGUAUCUACACAACGGUGAACUGAGAAGGCGCUACCCUCCGUAUGGCUCACAACAAUACGCUUGGAAAAACACCGGCAGAUAUCAACAUCGGGGCUACGCUCCUCCUAAAAAUCGUUUACCUGGACAUAACAACAUUAGUCAUGCGACCUACUACAGAAGACCAAAGUUGCCUUACCAUCGCCCUUCUCCGUAUAAUAGCCGACCAUACAGACAUUAUCUACCAGGGGUGCCUCCUAUCGUUCCUCCCAACACCCAGACAAGACUAACAUCACGGGAGAACAGAACUAAAACACAGUUAUACAACAACUGGAACCGAGGAUUACGUCAUCCAGUGAUUAUCCCUUCGAGAAAUCCCGUUGAUUACAAUAGAGUUAAUUAUAGACAUUAUCCCAGGAUAAUUCCGAACCGAAUAAACAACCGACACAUCUAUAAUCCCAGGAUUAACAAACAACAUUUUCCGAGAAUCCCGCCAAGACACGACUAUAAGAAUAAACCUUUACUUCCGGGAAACAGAGAUUUGAGUGUGAAACAGCACCCAAGAUUUAUUGAACACAGUGAGAAAAUUAAUUUACAGCACAGCACCGUUCCAGAAAAAAGAACUCAUUUGAUAGACGAAAAUUCUAAUACAGUAGAAUUUUAUGAUUGGAAAAUUGCUGGAUUUACCGAAUGCUCGAGGACAUGCGGGGGUGGCAUCCAACAAACCCGGAUAGUCUGUGUCAAAAUCAAAAGUCAAGUUACAGUGACAGCAGAUAAUUGUAACAAUUCAACUGUGCCGGCGAAGCAAAAAGUCACAUGUAACACGGGGCCUUGUCAGCCAUCGUGGCAGACUGGCAACUGGUCUUCGUGCAGCACCAGUUGUGGGCCUGGCACCCAGACGCGAACCAUAGAAUGUACACAAAUACUAUCACCAUCCACAACGCUGAAAGUUUCCGCAGAAAGAUGCAACAAGACACCGAGACCAGCGGCUGUACGGCAGUGCCAAAACAACCCGUGUGGAAAAUGGCUGGUGAAGGCGUGGGGCAGAUGCAAACCAGAAUGCGGCCAAGGAAGCAGAAGAAAGAGAUUAGUCAAGUGUGUUAGCCCACAUUUAGGAACGUCGAUACCAGGACGUUUCUGUCCCAAACCCAAACCUCACAGAACAGAAUUAUGUCAGGCACAGCAUUGUCCCCCGAAAUGGUACGUUUCCAAGUGGUCCAAUAAGUGUUCUAGUAACUGCGGUUCAGGAUUUACCACAAGGCAGGUGAUUUGUGUUUCAAAUGAAGGCAAUUUACUGUCAUCUUCACGCUGUGAUCGUGAGAAAAAGCCCGAGUUCAAGACUCCAUGCAGCAGCAGUCAUCCUUGCGGAGGGAUAUGGUUCACCGGAGCGUGGAGUGAGUGUUCUGCUGAUUGUGGUAAGGGACAACGGACCCGAGAGGUCGCUUGUCUCAAGAAGUUCGGCCUCAAUUCACUACAUGUUGUUUCCGAGGAGAAUUGCCAAGACGAGAAGCCUGUUACUCAAGAAAACUGUGUUGUUUCUUCAUGUGAUACAGACUGGUUUCUCACGGAAUGGAGCGAGUGCAGUUCAACUUGCGGAGAAGGACAGCAAACCAGACAAGUAAAAUGUUUCAAUAAAAAUUUAAACCGUCAACCAACUGUACUGAAAUGCCACCCAAAACCAAGAAAUGUAAUCUUCACAGCUGCCGGGUGCCCUCGACCAAAAUUGAUCACUCUUGUAUUGACAGAUAUGGACAUAAAAACUGCCAGCUUGUGAUGAGAGCCCGCUUAUGUAACAACCCUGUCUAUAAACAGAAGUGCUGUGUCACAUGUUCACAACAGAACUCUUCGCUCCACUGAAACCAUCAACAGCCUCCUCUCUUCAAGGCAUACACACACUUAUCUAAAUUCACAAACGUCACUGUAUAACUUUUAUCGACACAGACCACAAUCAAUUUCCUGGGUCUCAGUUUUAUUUUAACCCAAUUAUAACAUGGCAAAAGAUGUUAAUAUUACACACAGACUGUCAUAAUACACCAUGGUUAAUGCUAAUAAACUCGUUCAAAAGAAAACAAAAAUAUUAUUUUCUAGGGUACCACAAGCAUCACUAAUGAAUUUAAUAUUAAUUUAGAUAUAUCUCUUCAGCAAACUUCACUUAUUCUCAUUCUAAUGAAUCAGUCAUUAAAAAAUGACAACAUAACGACUUUGAGGGAAUGUGAAAUAAUUCUAUUUUGGAACAGUGGACUCAAAGCAAAUAAAGCUAUAAAUAAUAAAUAUUGGGUUUAAAACGCUUUGGAUAAUAAAAGUUGAAAGCUGUUCAUAGGACAUGAACUGAUAUCUCCUAUAAACAUGACAACCUGUAGACUUGUGUCCCAUGAACAGCCUUUGACUUUUUCUAUCCAAAGGGUCUUUAAGUCAAUAUUUAUAAGCUAUUAUUCAUAGAUUUAGUUGUUUCAAGACACACAGUUUCAAAAUGAAAUAAGUAAUAAGCUAUAAUAAUAAUAAUAAUUCUUUUAGAUUUUAGCACAAGGCUAGUAAUUUUGAGGGGAGGGGGCAAGUCGACUACAUCGACCCUGGUACUGUAUUUUAUUGACUCUGAAAGAAUGAAAGGCAAAACUACCCUUGGUGGGAUUCGAACUGAGGAGAGAAGAAAAAAUAAAACCCCAACAGAAAUGCCGCUAAGCAUUUUUGUCCAAAGCGCUAAUGAUUCCGCUAGCUCACCAUCUAAAUAAUAAUAAUAAUAAUAAUAAUAAUAAUAAUGAUAAUAAUAAUGAUAAUGAUAAUUGUAAUAGUAGUAGUAGAAAGAAAACAUAGAUGUUAAUUUAAAGAGAUUUUUAUGGAAGAAAGAAAUAAAAAGCCAUUUUUGGAACUAACCAAGAACUGAAUAGAAGACAAUGAUUGCAGACAUUCUUGCUAUAGCAUUUUGGUGACAUUCAAAAAAAAAGUUUAGACUAUCAAAUGUUUAAUGUAAAUAUAUUAUUGUGAUAUUAAUAAAGACGCCUGUUCAUUUAAACAA